ACUAGACGAGUCAGUGCUCAACCUCAGGAGGUCGAAGGAUUGGAACUCCAGUCUCCGGAGAAGGUUUAGUGAGGCAGAGACAGUGGUGGGGGAAGGACCGUCUGCCACAUCUCCUGUCUGACUUUCAGAAUGGAUAACCUGUCCUUUGGCACGGAUGAGGUGGGUCUGGUGGACAUGGACGGCGCGGGAACUAACGGAGUGGGCGCCCAUGGCAAGAGUAAGGCCGCCCACAACCCUGAUAAGGUGGUUGCGGUACUCGGUUCAGGAGACUACGGGCGCGCCAUCUCACGCCGUCUAGUCAGCGCUGGAUACCACGUACUCAUAGGCUCCAGGGAUCCCAACAGGAGCAAGAUCAAGGCUCUGGUGAGGCAGACUGGAGCCACCCUGACAGCCCAGGAUGCGGCCAUCGAGGAGGCCGGCACAGUGGUGGUGGCCGUGGGGCGUGACCACUAUGACCACCUGCCCUUGUCUCUUCUCCAAGGAAAGAUUCUCAUCGAUGUCUCCAACAACACGGAGCGACGCAAGGGACCACACUACCGCAGCAACGCGGAGUACCUGCAGGGACUCGUGCAAGACGGCAAAGUGGUCAAAGGCUUCAACGUGCUGUCAGCCUACGCCCUUGAGAAUGGCGGCCUUCAGGGCAGCAAGGAGGUCUUCCUGGCGGGUGACCACGCAGACGCCAAGAUGAAGGUGUCUGAGAUGGUGAGGGCCAUGGGUUUCCACCCUGUGGACUGGGGCAGUAUCGCCGCCUCGAGAGACAUCGAAGACGUACCUCUUCGCCUCAUGCCCUCCUGGAAGCGGCCUGUAGCAGUUGUGUUUGGCAUCUUCGUCUUCCUCUGGAUUCUGGCUUUCUUCUCGUUCCAGAUCUGCCGCAACAUACAGUCUGGCCAGUGGGACGAGAACUGGAAGAACAUCCCCUUGACGAACUUCAACCGCGUCAUCGCCAUCACGGCGCUCUGGACUCUCGCCUUCUGCUACAUUCCUGGCCUGAUCGCGGCCUACAUCCAGCUGUGGCGCGGUACUAAGUACAGCAGGUUCCCCAAGUGGCUGGACGACUGGCUCAAGAUGAGGAAGCAGCUUGGCCUCCUCAUGCUGGGACUGGCAGGCAUACACGCGUGUGUCUCUGUAGCCUACAUCACGCCGCAGACGACUGGCUGGGUGUACGAGGAGCCCACCAAGUUCCAGGCCGAGGUAGUGGUGGACGCUAACACCACCACCACCAACACGCUCACCAUUUACAAUAACGAGUUCAACUGGAGAGGAGAAUUCUUCCUCUCAAUGGGCGCAAUAGCCACGUGUCUGCUGGUGGUGCUGGGCAUAUCAUCGCUCCCCUCCGUCACCGCCACUCUCUCUUGGCGGGAAUUCACUUUCAUUCAGAGCAAACUUGGGUGGGUGGCUCUGAUCACCGCGGCCUGCCAUGAUGUCUUCUUGGCCUGGCACUACAUGUUCCUCUACUGGGGCUGCUUCAGGACGCUCCCCAUCGGACCGCAGUACGCGCUGUACCCGCCCUUCAUCGCAGUCAUCAUGAAGCUGCCGCUGCUCCUCCCGCCAGUGGACAACUAUCUGCAGAAGAUCCGGCGAGGCUACGAGAGGGGCAGCCAGUCGGAGAGUAAUAAGAAAGGCAACCCAUCGUGAACACCGCAGCAGCCUGGCGAGACGCGAGACUUUUAAAACAUUUUUAUAUCCACAUAUACUCAUACAUGUAAUAUCUUAUGUCAUUCUGAUGUUGAUGUUAUUCUGUGCAUAUCUAUUUAUGCAGUGUGUUGAAACAUACACUAUUUCUUACUGAUUUAUUAAUGUUUUGCUUCUCAGGCCUCAUAUUUUUUUUUUUUUUUUUUUUAGCCACACUGUACAAUACUCUGGUCUCAUACUUAGCCACACUGUAUUUUCGUUUUAUCCUUCUCUCUAUCAUUGUUGUAUCUGACUAUAAGCCUUAGUGGUUCUUUGUUGACGAGUGCAACUUCCCAGCUUCUCUUCAGCAUGUACUGUCAAAACUCGACAUAUACUAACAAACUUGAUGUGGCAUGACAAAGUACAGCUCAGAGUUUUCACUACCUAACAAGAUUCAAGUCUGUAUCUGCUCUCACUCAUGUGUGAAGGAAACGAUUACCAUGGAGCAGUGCUGUACUUCACACUUCUAAGGGCACACCUUGACUGAAGACUGGUUUGAACUAAAACCUUCCUUAUAUUACAGAAUAAAGUUUUUGUACAAGGAUAGUACUGUAACUGGACAGUCCAUGAGGGAUAUUCAUAUAAGUGGCCAAAGUUUGCUACUUUAAUUAUGAGCCAUUUGAAUGUUACUUCAGGGGUUGGUGGAAAAGACUGGCCAACAGCAAAGAGCAUUCUCUCUUCAGUUAUAUAUGGUGAAAACAUUUAGCAUUUACUAGGCCUCUGUAAUGUAAUGAUAACAUCUGGUAAGCUGCAUGAGGUGAUCAAGCACAAAACUUCUAACAACCCUCUCCACUGUCAUACCACCGUGGUAGAAAAUAAGAGAUUCUUUUGCCAUUCUGUAUCACUGUCAGUACAGUGAAAUUGCAUGCACAAAUCACAUUUGAUGCAAAUGUAAGAAAAGCCUUAACAGUGAAGCAAUCUUGAAGACCCUGCAACACUACUACAUCACACUGUCAGAAGGGUUUCACCUCACCACAGCUCUCUACCAUGAUAUUCCAUCACAACUCAUUGUACACCUUCAUUCCCAACUUCAUUUGGUCAUAAUGGACUAGGCACAUCCUGAACUUUUGAAAAUGAUGGGAGUAUUAUCAAAUUAACUAUUUGAUUUAUAACAUUAAAUUAAAUUAAUAUGUAAUUCAUACAAUAUAAGCGUGCUGAAUGGCUUGUAAAUAUAUUUUUAUGAUAUA